GCCCCCCGCUAGAUGGGACUGAGCGCGGCGCAAGCGAGGGCUCCAGGCGCGGAGGGGUUUGGCUGAGCUCGCUCCUGGCGGGGCGGGGCGGCUCCCCUGAGCCCGGGGCACCGGGCAUGGCUCGGGGUGAGACCUGAACCCGCCCAGCCGCACGAGCAGCUCCCCCGCCGGACGGCAGCGGGCGCGGGGGCCGGCGCUGCGCGGCGCUCGGGCGCCCCCGGCUCUGCGCGGACGUGGCUAUGCCUCGCCUCUGACUCGCUGCCGCCCCGGCGCUCGGUCCUGGGCCAGGAGCCGCAGGGACGGGCCGCUCCGCGCGGGAGGGAACAUGGCCCUGGACAAACUCUGCUCGGUGCUGGAAGUGUUGUUAAUAACAAUACUUGUAGUGGAAGGGAUUGCUGUGGCACAGAAGACACAAGGUGGGCAGAAUAUUGGAGUGAACCACAUACCAUCUACCCAGUGUGACAACUGGGUUCGGACAAGCAAUGGAGGCCAUUUUGCUUCACCAAACUAUCCUAAUUUGUACCCACCAAACCAGGAGUGUAUCUACAUUUUAGAAGCUGCUCCACGCCAAAGAAUUGAGUUGACCUUUGAUGAACCUUAUUACAUAGAACCCUCAUUUGAAUGUCGAUUUGAUCACCUUGAAGUUCGAGAUGGGCCUUUUGGUUUUUCCCCUCUCAUCGAUCGUUACUGUGGCCUGAAAAGUCCUGCACUAAUUAGAUCAACAGGGAGAUUUAUGUGGAUAAAGUUUACUUCGGAUGAGGAGCUAGAAGGAGAGGGAUUUCAAGCAAAAUAUUCAUUUAUACCAGAUCCAGACUUCACUUACCUAGGAGGUAUUUUAAAUCCCAUCCCAGACUGCCAAUUUGAGCUUUCAGGCGCUGAUGGAAUAGUACGUUCCAGUCAAGUAGAACAAGAAGAGAAAACAAAACCUGGACAAGCAAUUGACUGCAUAUGGACAAUUAAGGCUACUCCAAAUGCUAAGAUUUAUUUGAGAUUCCUGGAUUACCAAAUGGAGCACUCAAACGAAUGCAAGAGAAACUUCGUAGCUGUGUAUGAUGGAAGCAGUUCCAUUGAAAACCUGAAAGCAAAGUUUUGCAGCACAGUAGCAAAUGAUGUGAUGCUGCAGACUGGAACAGGAGUGGUACGGAUGUGGGCAGAUGAGGGUAGCAGACUCAGCAGAUUCAGAAUGCUGUUCACUUCAUUUGUCGAUCCUCCAUGUUCAGGCAGCACUUACUUUUGCCAUAGCAACAUGUGCAUCAAUAAUUCUUUGGUCUGCAAUGGCAUUCAAAACUGUGCAUACCCUUGGGAUGAAAAUCAUUGCAAAGAGAAGAAAAAAACUGGACUGUUUGAACAAAUCACCAAAACUCAUGGAACCAUCAUUGGCAUUACUUCAGGGAUAGUUUUGGUUCUUCUCAUAAUUUCAAUUUUGGUGCAAGUAAAGCAGCCUCGCAAAAAGGUUAUGGCCUGCAAAACUGCUUUUAAUAAAACUGGCUUCCAAGAAGUAUUUGAUCCACCACAUUAUGAACUGUUCUCAUUAAGGGAUAAAGAAAUUUCUACAGACUUGGCUGACUUAUCAGAAGAACUUGAGAACUAUCAGAAAAUGAGACGCUCCUCUACUGCUUCGAGAUGUAUUCAUGACCAUCACUGUGGCUCUCAAGCUUCCAGUAUAAAACAAAGCAGGACCAACCUCAGUUCCAUGGAACUUCCCUUCCGCAAUGAUUUUGCGCAACCUCAGCCAAUGAAAACAUUUAAUAGCACCUUCAAGAAAAGUAGUUACACAUUUAAACAGGCCCAUGACUGCCCUGAGCAGGUCAUAGAAGACAGAGUGAUGGAGGAGAUUCCUUGUGAAAUUUAUGUGAGAGGACGGGAGGAUGCUGCACAAGGCUCAUUAUCUAUUGACUUUUAAUCUCCUGCUAAAGGUGAAAUUGGUAUGUGUGGCUGACGCGCACACUGUAUAUAUAAAUAUACCAUAUGUAGUGUGUAUAGGUAUACACACUUUUUAGCUUACUGUAUCCAAUUCAAUUUUUUUUUUUUAAAGAAAAGAUCUUCGUAACCAAUAAUUGUUGCAGUGGUGGACUUUGCUCUCAUCCCCCCACAAGCUGCCACUUCUGUUGAGCAACAGAACAGAAGGUUUUGCAUGGGAACUAUUAAGAAUAUUUUUAACUAAAUCUGAAAAUGACUAAUUUUUCUGUCCUCCCUUUCAUAUUAUUUCUUUUCCUUUGUUAAAUAAUUGGUUUUCAGACCAACAGUUUUAACUAGCUUAAGUAAAUAAAAGUGGUUAAAGGCACCGCCUAUUUUGACACAUCUUAUCAUAUUUAUCGAAUUGCAGCUAGAGUUACUGUGGUAAGUGCCAAUUAAGACACGUUAUGUUGCAUCCACCUGUUGCAUCUUGACUAGUUUUUAUAUUGCUGCCUUUAAUUAUUGGCUCCUUAGUCUCUGUGUUCUGUGAGAAAUAUGUGAAAUGGUCUGUUGCCUUUUAACAGUAUUUUAUCUUUGCUAUAUUUAUUUUAGUAUCUUUGGGAAUAUAUGGCCUUUGCAGUUUGUGGAUAAGAUUUAACCCAAUUGUCAAGUAUGUCUUUUUAGACACAGACUUUAUACAAUGGCGUCUUUCAGGAAGAUGUAGAUUUUCAAAAGCUUUGGGUGGGCCAAUUUCUGCUAUGUUUUACAGCCAUGCAACACUGGCUCUCUGUUUUUUUUCCUAUUACUUGCAUAAAGAAACUCCAUUGACUGUUUUAUAUAUUUGUCUCCUGUAGUGAUCCUAAUGCUAUAUUCCUUAUGCAGCGCGCACCCCCCCACACACACACACACCCAUUGAAAUCUAGGCUUCAUACUCAAUUGGUGUCUUCAUCCUGUACUUUUUGUGCAAUUAAGCCUGCUACAUGCUACACUUUGAGAUCUAUGUGAUAACUAAGGUGUAUGAAAUUGUUGAGGACAAAGAGAAAUCUGAAAGUAGCUGAAUGAGCCUUUUAGCACUUAAGACUAUCACAUUUUUCUAGCACUUGUGUCCAUGGUGCAAAAAUGCAUAUUUCAUACUUUUUUUUUAAAUGGCAGGUUAGACCUUUUUUUUUUACAGCACAAGAUAAUUUGUAAAAUAACAAUUCUCAUGGAUUUUUUUAGACUUUUGAUAUAAUUUGAUACUAAUACAAACUGUUUAUUAAAUCAAGAUUUAACACCUGUACAGUAAGCCUCUUUCAGUGUCCCCAUUAGCAGCAUUAAACAACAAGUCAGUGAUUGGUGUGUACAGUGUAACUUGUAAAGAAUACUUAACAUACAGUAGCCUUUUUACUCCCUGAUUUAUUUGGAUUUUUGUUUGUUUACACAGGAACUGUUAUUUUUUCACUAAAUGUGACCUUGCAGUUCUCAGUUACUGGACAUAGCCUGUAUUAAAUGUACAUAAAGACAAAAUUAUCAUAAGUUUUUUGUUGUUGUGCAGACUGCAAUGAAGUUUAUUUGUUACUGGAGGUUUCUGCGCUGCAAGGACAUAUCCAUUGCUGGGAAUGUGUGUAAAACAGACUUUUUCCUUUUUAAGAUUAAAACAAAUGAGACUUAAUUGCUGGUUGCCUGACCAGGUAUGAUGUGAUGGUGGCAAACAAAACUAUUAUUUCUGUCCCCUUAUAGCAAUGGUGUUUAGUUUAAGUUAGGAACACUCAUUCUCUGUUUGCUUUAUUACAAGCAAGAUGAAGUUGAUACUGAAUCCAAGAAUCAGAACAUCUGUUAGACUGACGCAUACCAUUUCUAUCAAAGCAAUGCAAUCAGGAUUAGUUUACCUAAUAUAGAUGGACAGUAAAUGAAAGUGUGCAGACAUUCAUUGAAAUGUUAUCCAUAAGAUUUUCAGCUGUCUUAAGAAAAUAACAGUAAUUAUCUCAGCCUGAAUUUCAUUUCCCAUGAAACAAAACACUGGCCCCAAAGAGAAAUGCUAAGUGGGUAUCCAUCAGAAUGCUGAGAACAGCUAUUUGAAAAGAGAAUCCAGCAUCUUGGGUUAAGAUUUUAGACCAGCUAGAGUUAGUGAUAAGUCUUUUUUGGCUUUAAUAAAAAAAACACAACCUUUCAGGUGCUUACAACUUAAAGGAUUGCAUAGCACUGUUCCCACCCUUUCUCCUAUCCACUCAUUUCUGUAAUAUUUUGACUUGUUCUCAGUACAUGUUUCAUGUAUGUAGACAGCGUCAGAGUUUGGCCAGAUAUCAUUUUCCCCAGACAGUGAGCAGUUAUCACUAAAAAGUCACCAUUAACUGAGCAGUGGUACUGCCAAUACUGCCAUCUAUUCCACAGGUGGCCAAACUUACUGACCCUCCAAGCUGCACACAACAAUCUUCAGAAGUUCGAGAACCAGGGCACACCUGCCAGAGCUUGGGCCUUCUGCCCACAGGAGGCACCUGCUGAAGCCCCAUCCUGCUGCAAGGCAGAGGUCCCAAGCUCUCCCCUACCCGACUUGGGUAGGGGGAAAAUGGAGCUGGUGUGGGCAGGGGGCUCUAUGAGCCACAAUUUUGGCCACCCCAAUCUAUACCUUGAUACUGAGAUAGCUUAAACAUCACAAUGCUACUGUCUGCUGCAUGAUUUACUGCUUACUGUUAACUGGCCCUACAAUUUUUUACCUUUUAAUAAAUAUAUAAGAGGAACAAUCCAGGACUCUUGGAAGGGGUACAGGGUGGUAUCUGGAGUUGUAUAUAGCUAUGAUUCAUUGUGACACUAAAGUGCCACAGGGUCAACUCAAAUUUGACACAGAGAUUGACUCUGAAAUGCUGCAGCAUUUCAGGGAUCACAAGAAUCUUAAUUUAUACAAGAAAAAUGACAUUUUCUUGCUUAAGAAGAAGAACAUGGUCUUCAUACUGUGUACUAAGGACAAAGGAGCAGUAUACAUGCAACACCCAAUUAAAAAGUAGUGACAGAAGAGCUAUGAUUUGCAUAAAAAAAUUUCUUUAUAAGAACACCCAUGCUAAAAUUCACAUUUUUAUGUACUGAAAAUCCUACCUUAUCCAUCUGUUAGUGACUUUCCUAACUGUGCAAAGACCUAUGUAUCAGCAGUGACAUAGGGAAAAGACACUUUGAGUCUUAAUAAAUCAUCAGCGCAUGGGUGGAUUACUCAACUUUCCUAUUUAGCUAAAGUGCUGCAAACAUCACAUGCUCUAUUGCCUAUAUGCUCCACCAACACUGUCCAAGUAGUACUUGUCACUGGUGCCUGAAAAGCCAAAAUGAAGUUGGGACUAGGAGUGUGAAAUUGAGAGACUUCAAUUCAGAAGAGCUCAUGCAAAUGUUUUAUUCAACUUUGAUCCUCCCUUAUUUUCAACUCUGCUUUUCAGAUGCAAAUAUACUCAUGCCAAAAUUCAGACAAAGCCACUUACUCUCACCUGGUUUCAACACAAAUCCAUGUAUCACCUCAGAGCUUGCUGCUUUCACCCAGUGAAAGGUUCCAAUCACUAACAAAGCCAAAUGUACACAAGUUACACCGAGAAACAUUUAAGACUAUUCUAAC